CACAACCAUCAACUCCUUCAAGCAUAUCUGCACUCACGGUCAUUUUUUUCACCAAAGCUUAAAAGCGUUGACUUGACUACAUACACUUCUCAUUUGUACAGUGAUGCUGUGCACAAAGCUGUUGAGACAAGCAUGCUAAAUGAACCAGACUCUGUUGCAAUGCAGGUAGAGUACAAGGGUACUCUGUAUAGGAAAGGGAACUUUAUUUGCCUUCAAUGUGAAGAGGAUUAUUCUACUUUGCAAGUUGGCCAGAUUGAGCUCAUUUUCGUUAAAGAUGAUGAAGUGACCUUCCUUAUGACUCCCUGCUCUGCAUUGUAUUUGUCUGACUAUGGACUUUUUGAAAUUUUGCCUACAACAAAGGAAAUGAUUUGUGUAAAUGCUGAAGAUUGUCUGGAUUAUUAUCCCUUAAAUGAAUAUAGUUUUAUGGGAGUAAAAGUAAUUACUCUCAAGCACAGCGUUGUUCAUCUGUAAAAAAGACAAUUCUCUCCUCUCCUAGCAGCGAUGGAUGCAUUUUUGCAGUUUGUUGCUAAUUUGUUCCCAAACCCAACUACUUCAAUACUAGCCAUAGAGGGUUUGAAGAGCCUAGGUGUGGAGACCAUCGAUGACCUACAGUUUCUAAAAGAACAGGAUGUAGCUGGCUUCCUAAAACCAAUUGAAGCAAGAAAACUAAUUGCCCAAAUCCCAAAUGUUGCUUCCACUCAGCAAACCACUACCAAUUAUACAUCUGCUGAAUACACCUCUGAUGCAUCCAGUUCACCUGGUCCUGGAUGCUCCACUUCACCAUCAAGCACUUUAACUGGAGGAUGUGAAACUAGCUCUGAAAGUUUGGUUUCUGACCAUGACUGGCAUUAUGAUUUUGUUGUUCCAUGGGAAAAAAUGCCAGCAAGUUUUAUGAGGAAGAUUAAAAGUGGGGAAAGGCCGAGUUGCUCUGAGAGGAGACAGCUGGUUCGCACUGUUGCUUCUGAAAUCCUGGAAGUCAGUAAAUGUUCAACAAAAAAACAUGUAUCAGAAAUAGCCCGAAAAAUUAUUAUUGCAUACCCAAAGUCCUUUAGAGAUGAGCUUAAUUCCCAGAUUGUAGGAAGUGGAUAUGACUCUCUCCUUAAACAACUAGUCUGUCGAAUUGACAAUUUAAAAAGAGCAAAAACUUCCACUAGACCACUUUGUGAUAUGCCAGAAGAGUCAAAGAAACGGAAAUUGGAGUAUGGUUGUAUAAAUUCAGAACCCCAGUUGCCAGUUGGAGAAACGUCAGAAUUGCAGCAGGAAAAAAAAGAUAAAUUGCUUGAAAUGGUUCAAAAUGAGGAAAGCAAUGUAAAGACAAUCUACAACUUGAUGACUGCUACCUACACCUUCCAAAGAAAUGACAUUCAGUCUGGAAAGGACACCAGAGAGUUACUUGAUGAGUGGCCAUAUCUUUUCCAGGCAGCAGGAAUGAAAGCACACUUUAAAGAGCUCACUGGCAUUGACAUGAAUGACAGCUUUGAAGAAGCCACUACCAGCACGUACAAUGAGAAUGUAAGAGACCGUGUGCGUCUGGUCUGCGACUGA